UUGUCCGUUGUUUACACAGCAUAUUUCAGGGUUGAAAAAUAUCGACCAAAACGAUUUGAAGACUUGAUAUCUCACCAGGAUGUCUUGGCUACAAUUAACCGAUUUCUUCAAGAAGACAAGCUGCCCCACCUGCUGUUUUAUGGUCCUCCAGGCACUGGCAAGACGAGUACCAUUUUCGCCAUAGCUCAACAGUUAUACUCAAAGAAUGAGUUUAACUCUAUGGUUUUGGAACUGAACGCUUCUGACGACCGCGGCAUUGGCGUGGUGCGCGAACAGAUUCUCAGCUUCUGCAGCACAAGGACUAUAUUCAACAAGGGUUGCAAGUUGAUCAUUUUGGAUGAGGCAGACGCGAUGACCGCUGACGCACAAAAUGCAUUGCGUAGAGGUAUGAUGGUCUGUUCUUUUAAUUUUUUGGAAUUUUCCAGAAUGUUCUAAUA